GGGCGUAGGCGAGGGUAAGAGCGAGAGCGAAAGCGCAGCUCACUGAAAGCUCACUGCGCCGGGCUAUCAUCAUGAGUGAUCAAGCUUUGAGCUUCUUGAAGGACUUUCUAGCGGGUGGCGUGGCCGCUGCUGUCUCCAAGACCGCGGUCGCCCCUAUCGAGAGGGUGAAAUUGUUGCUGCAGGUCCAGCAUGCCAGCAAACAGAUUAGUGCUGAGAAGCAGUACAAAGGGAUCAUUGAUUGUGUGGUGAGAAUCCCCAAGGAGCAGGGCUUUCUCUCCUUCUGGAGGGGUAACCUGGCCAAUGUGAUCCGUUAUUUCCCCACCCAAGCUCUCAACUUCGCCUUCAAAGACAAGUACAAGCAGAUCUUCCUGGGGGGCGUGGACCGGCAUAAGCAGUUCUGGCGCUACUUUGCUGGUAACCUGGCUUCUGGUGGGGCAGCUGGGGCCACCUCCCUCUGCUUUGUGUACCCACUGGACUUUGCUAGGACCAGGUUGGCUGCUGACGUGGGCAAGGGUGCUGCCCAACGCGAGUUCACUGGUCUGGGAAACUGUAUUACCAAGAUCUUCAAGUCUGAUGGCCUGAGGGGUCUCUACCAGGGUUUCAACGUCUCUGUCCAGGGCAUCAUUAUCUACAGGGCUGCCUACUUCGGAAUCUAUGAUACUGCCAAGGGGAUGCUGCCUGAUCCCAAGAAUGUGCACAUAAUUGUGAGCUGGAUGAUUGCACAGAGUGUGACAGCAGUCGCGGGGCUGGUGUCCUACCCUUUUGACACCGUUCGCCGUAGGAUGAUGAUGCAGUCUGGCCGGAAAGGGGCUGACAUUAUGUACACUGGGACAAUCGACUGCUGGAGGAAGAUUGCAAAAGAUGAAGGAGGCAAAGCUUUCUUCAAAGGUGCCUGGUCCAAUGUAUUGAGAGGCAUGGGCGGUGCUUUUGUAUUGGUAUUGUAUGAUGAGAUCAAAAAGUACGUCUAAUGUAAUUAAAACUCAUGUUCACUGGUUCCAGAUCCAUUGUGUGGUUUAAUAGACUUUUCCUAGGAGAAGUGAAAAGACAGAUCUGGAAUAAAACCAGAUUGAAAGGAAUAUCUCAGAAAAAAAAAAAAAAUUCUUCACUAAGUGUUCAUUAAACCACAAAUGUAUUUUGUAUUUAUUUUACAUUUGAAGUUCCACAGCUAAUAUAAAAUAACUUAUCAUACUUGUACAACUAACUGAAGAACUGAUCAUGAAUAACUAAAUGUAAAACAUCAAUAAAGACCACUUAAUGCAUGUUCUCUAA